AACGGGUGUCUCCACGUGAGAGUAUCAACAGCAUGACGGCUGGCGUGUGAAUUCAUCUUCAACUUGUUGCUGUUUCGUGGAGAUUAAUCAACAACCAGUGUGUGUAUCAGGAGGUAAUGGUGGACAGUGUGUGUUCGUAGAGACUUGUAGACAUUAGAGUUUUUAGAAAGCGCUGCGCCAUCAGUCCUGUUUACAUGUGAGAGGUGUUGUAGUGUGUUUAAUGUGGUUUGUGUGACUGUUCUGUGUGGCGGUAGGACGAUGGCAACAGUACGCAAGAAGGUGGACAACCGGAUCCGUGUUCAGAUCGAGAAUGGAGUCGCCCUGCAGCACCGGACCAUGUUUGUGGUGGUGGGAGAUCGUGGAAGAGAUCAGGUAAUCUGCCACCACCCCACGGACCCCCCCUCCAUUAGGCUACCUCUGAUUUUGACAAUGUUACUAUCUUACAGUUGGGGUUGCAAAGGGGCAGAAAAUUUCCAGAAACUUACCAUGGGAAGUUAGACCUGGGAAUUUUAGAAAUACUCCAAAUUAGAAACUUUCCAUGGGAAUUAUUGGGAAUUUAUGGGAAUUAACUGUAAUUAUAUAAUAACAGAAACUGACCGUCAUUGUUAAUUAUAUUGACCCUAUAAUAUUAUCAAACUUAAUUGACUUUAUAUUGUCUGUGGGCUCAAAUGUCUUGUCUUUUGGGCUCAAAAGUGUGGCCUCCAGGGUUCAAGAAAUCAUUUGUACAUGUGAUGGAGGAAAGCACACUGCAUGUAGAGGGUGUAGCCUCAAUAGCCCUGGACGAUGCAGUGUGCUGUGUGCGUGUGAUGGAGGAGUGUACUUAUAUUAAAUCUGGUUGUUUUAGUGAAGAUUAUGCUACAGUAUAUUUUCCUCAACUAUAUUUAAGUUUCCUGUUGAGGGCCAACCUUCAGUUUUGUAAAUUUCAGAUGUAUUCCCGUUAAUUCCCAUGGAAAGUUUCCAACUUUGAAAAUUCCUGGAAUUUUGCAACCCUACGUAGAGUAAAGUUUGUUGUCAAAUACCACCUACUAAUAAACCUGCCUCUGAUCAAGGUGGUAAUCCUGCAUCACAUGCUGUCUAAAGCCACCGUCAGGGCGAGACCCUCGGUACUCUGGUGUUACAAGAAAGACUUGGGAUUCAGCAGGUGAGUGCAUACUCUCCUUAGAGAUUUAGUCAGAAAUAUGGUCUGAAAAGAGAGACAUAACUUAUCAAAACUAUCUGAAACAGCAAUCGCAAGAAGCGCAUGAGACAGCUGCAGAAGAAGAUCAAAACUGGAACACUGAACCUGAACCAGGAUGAUCCAUUCGAACUAUUCAUCGCUGCAACCAACAUCCGCUACUGUUACUACAACGAGACACACAAAAUCCUGGGAAACACCUUUGGCAUGUGUGUCUUACAGGUACGGUAUUCCUUUUCUUAGCCAUGCAUUUUCAAAGGAAUCAUGGAUAAUUUUAUCAGGGCAUUAUCUACAAAAGACUGGGACCCACUGAUUGAGCCAAGUCUCUAUAAAGUCUUUCAUAUUUUUUCUCAUACAGGAUUUUGAGGCUCUCACUCCCAAUCUCUUAGCCAGGACAGUUGAGACUGUGGAAGGUGGAGGAAUAGUGGUGUUACUGCUGAGGACAAUGAACUCUCUGAAGCAGCUGUACACAAUGGCUAUGGAUGUUCACUCUCGAUAUCGGACUGAGGCUCAUCAGGAUGUGGUGGGAAGGUUUAAUGAGAGGUUAGUUCCCUUCUAGUGGUUUUCAAUUCCUGGAGCUUUGACUCUGUGGACGGACAUUUUAGUAAUAUGAUAAGUAAUACAUAUUUGUGUGUAUUUUUUAGGUUCAUUCUGUCUCUAGUGUCCUGCAAAAACUGUGUUGUCAUCGAUGACCAACUCAACAUCCUGCCGAUCUCCAGCCACAUGGCAAACAUCAAACCUGUCCCUCCAAAGACUCAGGUAACUACAUAAGAAUGAAGAAUACAAACUACUUUUUAUAAACGAAGAAUAUUUUAAAGUAUGUGAGAGAAGCUGAGCCGUCCUUGCUCUCACUAGCUAUAUGCUUUAUGAAUAUUCACAUCAAUAAAUGCUUAUUUGUAUCAAACAGACCAAAUAUUAACCUUUAUCAGCACCUUCUCAUUAGUCUGUUUCUUUAGAGACCGAUUAGAUUUUUUUGUUCCCCUCAUUCAAACCCUUACCUGCAUCAGCCGACUCUUUAUUACUUUUUUUCUCUUCUAGAUCUAGGUAAAGGAGUUAGGUAGUGCAUUCAAAUGUGUGCCUGUUUGUUGGCCACUGAUUUCUGACCAGCUGUGAUCCUUGCAGGAGGACGGUUUGUCUCCCCGAGACCAGGAGCUAAAAGAUCUGAAAGAGUCUCUGCAGGACACUCAGCCUGUGGGUGUGUUGGUGGACUGCUGCAAGACCAUGGACCAGGUCAGGAAAUGUCUUUAAAACUGACACAUAACAAAUUCACAGAGUAUCAUUUCUGCUGAACGCACCAAUAAAAUCUACAAAAACCAGCACUUUAGAGCAGUGGUUCCUAAACUUCUUUUCCCCAAGGCACAACAAAGGACAAGUGAAAAUCUCAGGGCACACCUAUUGUGCAAAAAAGCCUUUAUAAUGCGUGUUAUCACUCAUAUCAUGUAAUAUAUCGUUGAAUAUUGCAUAAUUAUUGACUGAUGCCAAAUUAAAUGUGACAGAGCUCAAUUUUCCCUCUCAAACAUUUCUCUGUUUUAAUGUUGUUUUAUAAUUCCCGCCUGCGCAAACAGCAAAACAUUUGGUAAUUUUUUUUGAAUGUUUAUUUUAGGUAUAGAGUUUGCCUGUUUGUAUGUAAUGAGUGCAUACAAAGUACUGAUAUAGUAAAUAAAAGGUUUUUGUUUUUGUGUAGUUAUAUAUUGCAGUAAUGUUGGUUAUGCCGCGGUACACAGUUUGAGAGCCAAUGAGUACAGAGAUCAUAUCAGUAUUUCCAAAAAAUGACUCCUCAGAGGGGGUUUUGUUUUCUAAAAUCCUGACAAAUCUAAACCUCAGCUGCGUGUUGUCUUCCAGGCUAAAGGAGUGCUGAAGUUCAUCGAGGCCAUCUCUGAGAAGACUCUGAGGAGCACCGUGGCUCUGACUGCUGCCCGUGGCCGAGGAAAGUCUGCAGCUCUGGGGCUGGCUGUGGCCGGAGCUGUGGCCUUUGGGUACGCUUUCAUGAUGUCAUGAUAAAAGUUUUAUCUAUUUGAUCCUAAUUUUGUGAAAUUUUAUUCAACGAAUGCCUGGCUUUCUCCACAGCUACUCCAACAUCUUUGUAACCUCACCGAGCCCGGACAACCUGCACACCAUGUUUGAAUUUAUAUUCAAAGGUUUCGAUGCUUUACAGUAUCAGGUAUGUUGCCCGAGAGAGAAGCAGCAACAUUUUAACCAUUCUUUCAGCAAAAACAGACAACCUCACAUCUCUCCUCUCUGAAUUCAAAGGAGCACCUCGACUAUGAAAUCAUCCAGUCUUUGAAUCCAGAGUUCAACAAAGCUGUGGUGCGAGUGAACAUCUUCAAAGAGCACCGACAGACCAUCCAGGUAAACGAGACAUCACAGCCCAUCACUCGAUGUCGAUGUCGGCUCUAAGUGAUCAUUUCUGACCUUUCCGUCUAUGUGGCUCACAGUACAUUCACCCGGGUGAUGCAGUGAAGCUUGGACAGGCUGAGCUGCUGGUCAUUGAUGAGGCUGCUGCCAUCCCUCUGCCUCUGGUGAAGAACCUGCUGGGGCCUUAUCUGGUUUUUAUGGCGUCCACCAUCAACGGGUCAGUUCCUGCAUAAUGAUGUUUGCAUCACCAAGCCCCACUUUUCUUUUGCCCUAACAAUAUUUCAGAAAUGGUCAACUAGUUUGAGCAAUAUUGUUAGGUGAGGAAUAAAAAUUCUGUGUUUUGGGGCAUGUUUAAUGAGAAGAAGAAAAAAAAAGUAGAUAAUACCCAGACUAAUAAGUUCUGUUACUUGUGCAGGUAUGAAGGCACUGGGCGCUCCCUCUCCCUCAAACUGAUCCAGCAGUUGAGGCAGCAGAGUGCAGACAGUCAACAGAGCAUGUCUGCAGAGAACAGGACCUCAAACACAGCGAGACUAUCUGCAGGUAAACAUCCCAGAGUUCUGCUCUAAGUGUUCAUUGUGAUCAGAUCAUCAAGACUGACUCAUCUUUCCCUGUUUCCCAACUCAGCUCGCUCUCUCCACGAGGUCUCGCUCCAUGAGUCUAUCCGAUACGCUCCUGGAGAUGCUGUAGAAAAAUGGCUGAAUGACCUUCUCUGUCUGGACUGCCUGAACAUCCCCAGACUCAUUUCUGGCUGCCCUCUCCCUCAGACCUGUGACCUGUAUCCUUGUUGCACCUGAAAGGACUAAACAUGACUGCUGGUGCUUCAGAUUAAGCCUGUUGAAUAUUCAGAAAAAAACACCAAGGUUAUCUGUCUUAUGAAGGUGGAGGGUCGGCAUUAACAUUGAGAACCGUGAAAAUGAAAUGUGAUAUUGUGACCCCCUUUACAGAUUUAUCACCUCAACCAAACAUUCAGUCUGAAUACACAGAUAUGCCGUCUUAAAGGUCUGAAGUCUUACAGUCACAUCAGCUUGUUUUGUUGGAUAAACUGUCGAAAACCUAAAGACCUAAAAAUAAAAUAAAUUCACCUUUAGAUGCUGCCAGACUGAAACAGGAAAUGUGUCACACAGUUUCAUAGUCCAGAGGCUUCAUUUUCUUCUUCUUAGCCCCACUGACCAGAUAUUACGUGAACAGAGACACGCUGUUCUGUUAUCACAAAGCAUCUGAAGCUUUCCUGCAGAGGCUGAUGGCUCUCUAUGUGGCGUCGCAUUACAAGGUGAAUUUAUCAGUUUCUCUCUCGAUGAGCACCAUGUCCCACCUUCACUCCGCUGUUAAUCCUUGUGUUUAAUAUUUGCUGGAUUUUGUGUUUCAUGACAUCCAGAAUUCACCAAACGAUCUGCAGAUGUUGUCCGACGCUCCAGCCCAUCACCUCUUCUGCCUGCUGCCUCCUGUUCCUCCCACACAGAACUCUCUGCCCGAGGUGCUCGCUGUGGUGCAGGUAAAAUCAGAUUCAUCCCCUGUUAUCGGAAAGACUGCUGCAAAAAUCUUUUUAGCUUUUCCUGAUUUCUUUAGCAAAGAGACUAAACACAACUCACCUACUCUCUUCCAGCAGCCGCUUGUUUGUAGUGAAACCUCAGGCAAGUCUAUUACGGACUGCUGUGGGGUGACGCAGCUCAAGGAAGAACAUUUAUGAUCAUUUCUUUAUCAUUUCCUUGAAGUAAUAAUCACCAUUUUAAUCAUUUUGCACUGCAGACGCGGUAGUUCUUCUGCCUUAGCAUCUCGAUCUGAUUGCAUUUCAAUAAAAAAACGAUCAUAAAUGUUCUUCCUUGAGCUGUGUCACCCCGCUGCAGUUUGUGAAGGACUAGUCCGAGGUCUUCCUACAAAUAAGCAGCUGCUGGAAGAGUGGGUGAGUUAUGUUUUGUCUUUGUGCUAAAGAAAUCAGGCAAAGUUAAAAAGAUGUUUGGUGGCUAGUACUAUGGCUGGGACCCUAUCUGUCCUGUUGAUGAAGUUAGGUGCUGUUCUGAGCAUUAUUUGUGGCUAUAGAGUGGCGUUUUAAAUUAAUUUUAUGCCGGAAUAUCCCUUUAAAGCUAAUGGUUUGGGCAAGAAGUUUGAUGCAAAUCGAUCUUUUUAGAAAUUCUGUAUUUACUCUAAAAAGCAGGACCAUGGAGUGCUGCAGGGUGUAAAAAAUAAAGAUAAGUUUGAAAAAGUGUGGCUCUGGUGUGGGCUCCUUCUAAAGAUCUAGCAUGUGUAACUUUGACUGAAUAUUGAGUUGUUCCUUCUUGGUGCUGUAGGUGUGUCUGGAGGGUGAAAUCUCUCGGCAGUCCAUCCUCAACAGUCUGUCCAGAGGAAAGAAGGCCUCCGGUGACCUCAUCCCCUGGACUGUGUCAGAACAGGUACACACCAUCUUCAACACGUCUCCUUUUCAAAAGCCCAACAGCUCACACGUCUACAGCCCAACAUAAAUCUUCUGCUUUUAUUUCUAGUUUCAAGACCCAGAGUUUGGCAGCCUCUCUGGAGGCAGAGUGGUGCGGAUUGCUGUCAAUCCAGACUACCAGGGGGUAAGAGCGAUCAAAAUCCUCAACAUGUUUUUUUCUCUGCUUUUUAAUUUUUCUGAGAGCUCUGUCUGUAACUGUUUUUUUAACCGAUCCACCAGAUGGGCUACGGCUCCAGAGCUCUCCAGCUGCUGCAGAUGUACUAUGAGGGCAAGUUUCCCACCAUGGAUGAGAGCACACAAUCCAAUAACAAUGAGAUUACCUCAGUCAGCAAUGAGGUAACAUGAAAUCAUCAGCUGAGAGAUAUCAAACAAAGUGUCACCAGAACAAAUAAACAACAGAGCAGACAGAUUAAACACUCUUAUCUAACAGUAGCUCUGCUGUUGUUGUUGUGUCUGGUUUUCCAGGCUGUCGGUCUGUUGGAGGAGGUGAUCAGUCCACGGAAGGAGCUCCCUCCUCUGCUGCUGAAGCUGAGUGAGAGGAGAGCAGAGAGACUCGACUAUCUGGGAGUGUCUUAUGGCCUGACUGUGCAGCUUCUCAAGUGAGUCUGCCUGAAUGUGGAGGAAAGAAGGUUGUUGUAAAGUUUUCAGAGUUCUGGAAAUGUCACAAGUUGUUUUUUCAUCCUGACAGGUUCUGGAAGAAAGCAGGUUAUACUCCGGUGUACCUCAGACAAACCCCUGUGAGUGUAAUAAACGAGUCAUUCUUUAGUUUUGUUGGAGUACAUACUGCUGCCUCAUGUUGUUAUCAUUAACCCACGUGUGUGUCUAUAUUUAUAUCUAGAAUGACCUGACAGGAGAGCACUCGUGUGUGAUGCUGAAGGAGUUGAAUACAGAUGAAACUCCGGAGCAGAGCCAGUGGCUGUCUGCAUUCUGGAAAGGUGAACACAUUUUUCUAAAAGCAUCUGGAGAUCUGUUUUCUCGACUUUGAAGUGACUACAUUUUUUGUGUCUUUCCUCAGAUUUCCGUCGACGUUUCCUGUCUCUUCUCUCCUACCAGUUCAGCAGCUUCCACCCAAGCCUGGCACUCAGCAUCCUACAGAAUAGGAAGUCCAAAGAGGAGACCAGUAGUAAGACUUCUCUCCUGAUUUUACUCCAUCGGCUCAGUGAUUUUUUUUCUUUCUUUUAAAAGAUGUCUAAAAGGUGUCUUAACAAUUAUUCAUGACCGAUAAAACUGGUUCAGAAGGGAUUUUUUACUGCCUAUGUACAGAUCUUGAUUUAACAUGUAUGUUAAGACCAGACACUCCUAGUAAGUCGCACUUUUUACACCGAACUGACAGCAGUUUUCAAGUUGCAUCAUAUAUUUUGCAGAAUUAGAGAGAGCUCAGAGUAGAGCCGCUGCUCCUUUGCAGGAUAAGGAGUCAGUUAAGGUGGCUCAGCCCCUAGAGAAGGAAUUUUUUUAAGUCUUUUUCGGACGCCAUAGGGACGUCCAACUCUGACCUGUCUACAAUCCUUAAUUGCAUGUAGAACUGUUCCUGUUUCUGUCCAGCAAAGAUUAUUGAAAAAUCAAUUCUGUUCAACUAAAAUUCAGUGUUGAAAUUCCAGUUUGAGAUUACUCUGAGAUCUAACCUGACUCAUCUUUCACCUUCCCAGCUCUCACCAGCUCUGAGCUGGCGACCCAUUUCAGCCCCUACGACCUCAAACGUCUGGAGCUGUACUCCAGGAGCAUGGUGGACUACCACCUCAUCAUGGACCUGGUCCCAACUGUGGCGCGCAUGUUUUUCCUCAAGCAACUUGGUGACCUCUCUCUUUCAGCUGCACAGUGUGUAAGUUUUUCGUCUUCUGUUUUGCUCUGUUUGAUUUAAGUUUUAUUUUUCUCGUAUUAAAACCAUCUUUUCUUUUUUAGGCGUUACUCCUGGGUAUUGGCUUACAGCACAAAUCUGUGGAGCAGCUAGAAAAAGAAAUUGAGCUCCCGAGCUCGCAGCUCAUGGGUCUCUUCAACCGUCUGAUUCGUAAAUUUGUGCAAGUAUGUCCCUUCUUCUGAUGUAACCUGAUAUAGAUAAUUUAAAGUGAAAAACAAAAUGUAAAUGUAUUUAGUUUACUCAUGUUGUGGUCUUGAACUCUCCCAGGUCUUCACAAGCAUCCAAGAAAAAGCGAUUGAGGCAGAGAUGGCUGCUGAAAAAGAUGUUUCCAUGGAGCCAACAUUCAAAAGCCUCACUGAGGAUCUGGUAUGUGAUCAGCACUUUCUAAGAAACCUUUUUAAAAUACUAUGAUAUUCUGAAUAAAAUAGGUUUUUGAUACAUGGGGAAAAAUGAGUCUGAAAAUGUCAAUGUGCCCUAGAGAAACUGUAUUAGGUGUCAGUCAUUCAGUUUUUUGUGGACCUGAUUUACUCAAAAAACUGUGAUUUGAGGAAAUUCUGUCAAAAAUGUUAAUUCUGCUUCCAGAACGAAGCUGCUAAGGAGUUUGAGGAGAGACACAUGCAGGAUGUAGAGAAAGUGAAGGAAAUGGACCUGGAAGAGUGAGUAUGAUCCUUGCGUAGAAUUAAUGAGUAUGAGUCACGUUGUACUCUGAAAUUUGUGAUCGUAACAGCGCUGAUUUCUUUUAUAUUUACAGGUACAAGAUCCGUGGGGAUGAUGAGGAAUGGAACCAGGUUUUAAAGAAAGCCGGGAACACGGCUAUCGUCAGCAUCAAGAGGUGAACUGACAAUCCUUAUCUCUACCAACUGUGUGUGUGGUUGUUUUGUCGAUGCAGAAACCUUUUUGUUAACGUAUUUUACCUUCAACAGUGACAAAAAGAGGAAGCUGGAUGGAGGAAAUGCCAAUCCGGGCAACGGGACUCCACACCACGGGAAGUUAAAAAAGAAGGAAAUGCAGCAUGGGAAAUUCAAGAAAAAAGACAAACACAGCAAAUUUGGAAAGAAAGUGUGAUGUAAGAGUGCCGCUCAGACAGGACAGUGUGUGUGCACUCAAGCUGCUGCAGCAUGAAAACUUUGGACAUGGCUGAUGGACUUGGGGACCCAGAAGAGAACCCAAAAGACUGACAGAAAAAAUUCAUACACAGUCUGAAUGAAAGAGGUAUUUUUUAAAGUGGUUUUCACAUACAGUUGUAGACUUCCCUUUUUAGUUAAUUAUACAUGGUUCCUAGACAGACAUGUACAAAGAUACUGAAAAAGAUUUUGUAAACUAUAACCUGAGGUUCACGCGGUGUUUAAAUCCUACUGUGCAAUCAUUUGAACACCUGAGGCUUCAUAUCAACCCAUUUUUGUUUGAGUUGUUGUAUCAUGUCAUCUGGUGCAAAAAUACAGUCUAUGGCUUGCUGGGAGAGCUUCCAGACAUCCUCAUGACUGAGACCAAACGUGGAAGCUGCCAGUUGAUAUUCCUGAGAUAAGUCUGUGCUGAAGACUCCUUUAUCGUCAGUCUGUAAUAGGACAAAAAAAUAAAUUCAUUCAAGAGGAACUUGAAUUUUUUCACCAGUAAGCAUCACCUCUGGCUCAUAUUUCUGUAGUGGUGCUCCAUCAGUUUAGCAGUUAGUCUGUUAAGAAGUUGCAUUAAAGCAAGUGUACAAAGUGA